UUUACGCCGGUGGUACGAUAGCGAGCCGAGCGUUUGUUAUUGUGGAGCUAAGCGAAGGACAUUAGUGUACAUCAAGAAGCUGUGAGGGAGUGUGUGUGCGGCCCGGCGAUGGCCCAGGCUGGCAGGUGCAGUGUUACGUUUACACCUGGCAGGGACACACUAGAAGAGAUGAAAGCUGCGCCACCGAGAUACAAGUUCCUGCUGCCGAAGUCCAGUGGAACAGAGGCGCGGGUACAGCAAGAUGAGAACGCGGGGUAUAUCCAGCACACCAUCCGUGAGAAUGAGAUAGUGAUGCACAUCCACCCAGGUGAGUCUGGAAUGCAGAUGCCUGAGGAGCCAAGCCACGCCACACUCACCAUCCAGGCCCGUGAUCCAUCAACCAACACCACCACCACGCGCCGCUUCCACUGCACCUACCAGGGGUGUGACCGCACCUACAGCACUUCCAGCAACCUGCGCACACACCUCAAGACACACAGAGGAGAGUACCGGUUCCAGUGCCUGGCGACGGGAUGUGGCAAGGCCUUCCUCACCUCCUACUCCCUCAAGAUCCACCUGAGGGUCCAUGCCCAACAGAAGCCGUACACCUGCGAGAAUGACGGCUGCCGCAAGUCCUUUCACACGCUGUACAGGCUGCGUGCCCACCAACGACUCCACAACGGUGACACCUUUAACUGUCGGCAGGAUGGAUGUGUGCGGAUCUUCACCACACUCUCUGACCUCAGGAAGCAUGUGCGCACCCACACUGGAGAGAAGCCAUUUAAAUGUGAGGAAGAUGGAUGUGGCAAGUCGUUUACAGUCAGCCACCAUCUCCGGACCCACAAACGGAUACACACAGGUGAGAGGCCAUACCUGUGUGUGGAGGAGGACUGCCGCCGUGCCUUCACUACUAACUACUCCAGGAAGACGCACAUGCUCGUCCACAAACGCCGCUCCUCCUCCUCUCCUGCCCCUUCAUUUACCUCCAAACGUAACUCCCAACACUCCAGCAGUGAUGCCACAGCUGCCACCACUGCCACUACCACCACCACCACUACCACAUCUGCCAUCCAGGAGGCCCUGCCGGGACAGGCACAGACUGGCGGGUGCUGCAAGGGUUCAACAGUGAGUGGUGAGCAGGAGCAGGGGAAGGAGUAUCAGAAAACAGAGAAGGCCAAGUCAGGUCAACGAGGGGGCUGUUGUGGUGGAGGUCGUCAGCGCCCUGCACCACAGGUCACCACCACCACCUCAGAACAUAAAACCUUUGCCAUCAUCCCAGUGGUCGGUGGGGAGAAGGACGGGCCCACCAGCCUAACCCUGCAGGAGUUCCUUGAAUUGGAAGCCCUCAAGUGUAACCCAAACAUGAAGGUGCCCAUUGUCAAGGCUACAGACAACACCACUGUGGGACGUCUCCUGCAGGACUCACAGACCCUGACUGCCCUGGCCCAGGCUGGUGACAGUCGAGGGCUGCUAGAGAAGAUUGCAGCACAUGCUGACAUCUGCAAGUGUAAUCCCUGCCACUGCGAUCCAAGCCGAGGCAAUGAGUGCUCCUGCAAUGCCAUAGCAGACAGUGACAGUUCCCCUUGCCACAGCCCCUCCCAUGGUGAGGCUCAGGCCCCAGAGGAAGACAUCCCUCAUGUCCCAGACAAGGGGAGUUUCCAGCACCCUGAGAUUCUCUCCUCCAAGGAUGACUUUCAAGAGCAGCAGCCUAAAGUUGAAGCCCCAUCCAAGACUUGCUCUGCUCCCAGUGAACCCCAGCAAACCCUUCCCCUCAAACCUGAAAUGGCUGCCAAGGGUCCUGUCAGUGGUCCUCAGGCAAUGGCCAGCUCUCUGCCUGCCCUCACUCUCAAUACUAACCUGCCUGUCAAGGACUGUCCUCCUGCCCUGCCCUCCUCAUCUCAUCCCCCUCCUCAGCCACAGCCAUCUCAUCCUCCUCAUCCCAGUGAGGGCAGCUUGCAAACUCCUGAUCAACAGAUUUCAGUGGCAGAGUUUCUGGAGGAAACUGAAGAGUGUGGUACAGGAGAGGUGGGAGGUCUGCUGCCAGCCCUAACCAGCCGUCCUUCUGCCCCAUCUUUCCCCAGCCUGGAAGACAUGGGUUCCUUGUCCUCCCCAUCCAUGGAGGAGCUGAUAGGCUCUCCGGUGUUUGGGGCAGGUGUGAAGUGUGAGUCUGGUCCCCUGGCUCCUGGGGCAACCCUAGACCACACCUUUGAUGUGGACAUAGCUGCCUCAGACUUCUCAGCUGACUUCCCAUUCUCUUCCCCCAACAUGAUUGAAGCUUUGCUCACUGGAGACCUUCCCCCAUUGUCCCAACCUCCCUCCUCAGCCCCCAGUAAGGCCUCCCUAUCCACACCCACACCCCCACCUCUGCCACAGCCCCAGCCGAAUCUGUCAGAUGCUGGUAUCAAACCCCCAUCCCCCAGCUGUAGUCAGUGGGAAGGAGCUGCCAAGUCCUGCUGCUCCUCUGCUGCCUCAUGCUCACAAACUGGUGGCUCGUCUGCCGUGUCCACUCCUCCCUCAGGCUGCUGCCGCACAGGCUGGGGCAACAGAUCCCCCUCGUCCCUCAUAACCUCACUUAACUGUGACAACCACCAGGAAACAAACAAUGCUUCAUGCUGUGCCUCCAAGCCCAGGCUGCAGCCCCCUCCUGGUUCCCCUGCCCCAACCUCCCUCAUCAACCAGCUGUGCCAUACCUCUGCAGAGUCACAGUCACAAGCCCAAGCCCCCACCCCUGCCCCAGUACCAAGACCUGGACUAGAUAUGCAGUGCAACUCAGUCAGCCCCCACCAUGCCAUUUCCUUCCCAUCCACUCAACACCAUCACCAGCCCCACUCCCAGGCUCCUUCCCUGCCCCAGUCACCAGAGCACCACCACCAUCAUCACAACAGCCAGCAGCAGCAACAGCAGCCUGCCGGUAUAAGAAGAGAGCAGACUAAUCACCAUCACCAUCACCAUCAGCAGGAGCAGCAACAGCAGCAGCAGCAGCAGCAGCAGCAGCCAGUGUGUGACAAGCAUCCCAUGCCCAAGUCUCCCCAGGGUAUUCCAGGUGCCUCCCUCCAUCAGCACCACCACUCUGAGGAGGCACCAGAGGGCUUUCCGCUGGAGCCCAGGGGCAUGGACUCCCAUCCAGGAUCAUCAGGACUUGAUGUGGUGCUGAGGAAAGAAGACAAUGACUCGUGCUGUGUGGUUAUCUGCACAAACAAGUUGCAGCUGCUGAGGAGUGUACUGGCCAAGUGUGAAUGUUCAGACCAUGAGCGCACUGCCUCAGUGCCAGUGGAUCUCCAGGCACUGCUCAAUGAUGCCCUCAUGGAGUGGGAGACAUCGGAGGGCAGUGGGACAGCAGAGAGCAGCUUUGAUGUCCCCACCACCAUCUCAGAUCCUGCAUCAGACCAAGGCUCCCUUGCCUGGUCCUAGCCUUACUGGAAGCACACACCUCCACCCUGAACAACAAAAGAGGUCUUACAGCUUGUGCCUGCCAUCCAUAAUAAUGGAUGACCCAUCAUCCAUUAUUAUGGGAAGUAGUUGUGCAUCAAGGAAAUGGUGAUUGAGAUGAACUUGUGAUGGCAGAUGAUGUUGCUCAUAAUAGAAACAUCUGUGUUUGGGAGAUGUGCAUCAUUGUGUUGUGUGCAGGUAUGUGCCAUGCUGUGGUGAGGCAUCUCUCUUCCCACCACUACUCUGCACUGUGUGGCCAGAGUAGUCUUGGGAGAUGCCACAGUUGCGGUUGUGACAGGGAAACACAACCUGCUUAAUACUCACUGUAUCAGUGCAAGUGUAAAUAUUGACUUUUGCAGACAUGCAAGGAAGAGUGAACUUCCUGAGUUUCUAUGAGGCAUCACAUUAGUGUGUAUGAAUGCUGCGCUCUCCAUAUACCCAAUUUUAACAGGCUGUGAACAUCCUAACAUUUCUUGAGGGCAUUGUUCUACACAACUGGUGUCAGUGUUGAAGAACCCUUCAUGGACUGUUAUCUUAUUGACUGUCAUUUGUCAGUCUUCACUCAUCUUACCAACAGGACAAGCCUAGCCACCAAAUGUAUUGUGAGGUAAGGUGAAAUGGUGUUACUUAAGAGGUGAGUCACUUGUAGUGUAAGGAUGGUGAACUGUGUUAUUAUUAUUAUUAUUAUUAUUAUUGUUAUUGUUAUUAUUAUUAUUAUUAUUAUUAUUAUUAUUAUUAUUAUUAUUAUUAUUAUUAUUAUAAACUGUAUUAGUUCAGAAACAGAGUGGGGGAAGACCUGCAAGUUAACUGCAGUGGUAACUGACUGGAGCCACUUAUUUUUGUUACAUUGGGUGAAUAGAGACUUGUAAGAUGAUGGGUAGAAACAAAUGUGAUAAAAAAAAAGUAUAUUCCUUCAUAACCAAAUAAUAAUAAAUAAUCAUAGGAUGAUGAAUCAUCCUAUGAUCAUUGGCACCAGAGUCACACCUCUGUAGGCCAUGCAGUGGCUCAGUAUGGUAAGUUAUUUGUAAUAGACAAAUCUGGAGUUGAGUAAGAUUAUACUUGGUGUUGAUGCAGUAACAUUGCUACCUGAGUAUGCAUGAACACACAAACAUUGCCUUUGGAUGAUGCUCUUGCCAGCUGAUUGAACCAUGGUGCUUUUGCUUAGGUUUAAAACAUGCAGUAAAUUGACUUUGUAUUCCUUCCAAACUGUAAGACAGUAGAUUGUUUGUAUCUGCAGAAUAUUUAUGUGAUCUGCUGGUAUGUGGGUUUGUAUGGUUUGCUUACACCCAAGAGGUCCCAGGCUCUAGCGCUGGGCUAGGCAGAGACAUGCAACUGGUCUCUGACACAGAAAGAAGAGGCCUGAGGAGAAGGCUAUAAGAAAGCAGGAAUGAUCCAUGCUAUACCAUGAAGGAUAAAUAGGCUGGUCAUAUAACAGUAAUAAUAAUAAUAAUAAUGUCUAUAAUCUUGCAAACAAAUGUGUACUUUGACAGGGAUGCAGAGUCAACUAGCCCUACAUUCUAAAACAGGAUAAGAGCAUGUGAGGCAAUCAGCAAGCUAGAUCACCAACCAGUGAGAGCAGUAAUGAGAUCAUGUGCCCUCAGAUAGCAAGACUGUUGUGCCAGAGUCCAUGUCACUGAGUACAGUGUUCCUCAAACCCCACGGUGAGUCCCUCAGAUGGGUCUUCAGCGAUCAUCUAGUGCUGACUCACUGUAGAUAUAGACUUAUGGAAUUGUGGGGUAAGACUCUUGAAUAGUGAGGAAAAUGUGUGUAUCCAAGUCAUGACAGAUGUAGCCAGAGGAGGCACCACCAACAAAAUGUUCAUCAUCAUUAUCAUAGUGACCAGCUAGAGGAGGGAACACUUCCAUUGGCUCUACAGUUGUUGUGGUCCUUUGAUAUUUUGUUGUGUGGAGUAUGAGGUCCUUUACUAAGCUUGUUUUAGUGUUGGGAGUUGUGUUGUAGCUCAUGUAGAGAAUAAGCACAGUCUGUAUCAUCUUCACAUAAUAAGCUGAUUUUUUUUCCUAUUUUGCACUUAGCAUUGUUUUUUAAAUCCCAUCCCAUGAUCAUCAGUCACUAGAAAUAUAAAUGUAGCACAAGAUGUGAUAGCAAUGCAAAUCACAUUGGUCAUUGUUGAAAGCAUUUUAACUUUACCAUUCUCAUCGUAUUUUGACAUAUAGACAUAAUGGUUUAUUCUCUUGCAAUUUUAGACUUUAAAAUCUCAAAUAAUUCCCAGACUCAAGCAAAAUUAACUCAAUUUCUCUCCUUAAUUUGUGCAGAUUCUUGUUUAAAAAGUAUAAGAGAACAAUGGAAGAUGUGGUUAUGUCAAAAAACCUGCUGUAUUAUGGUUAACUGAUCUUGUGACAUAUUUAAGAUUCCAGAAACACUGACACUCACUGAAAAGUAAAGAAUUGUGCACAACUGGAAAAUUAGCUUAGUAUGUGAAGAAGUGAUCAUGUUAACUGUGUGCAAAUAACAUCACUGUUCUUCCUUUUAGUUAUGGUUGUUAUAAGAGUAAUUGUGAUGGAAAGGCUUGUUGUUGGUUUGUUCUGAAUAAGGUACUUGAAUUUUAUUGGGAAAGAGGCCUUGCUCCAGUGUGCAUGUGUUUGUGUGUGGAGGUUUGCAUUGAUGCCUAAUUUUGUUCCUCACCUACUCCAUGCUCAUCAAGUCAACUUCCAUCCCACCUUCUGAAGUCUCUUGAAACCAACUGUCCUGUUUAGACCACCUUGAUUAGCAUGCUGACACACACCCAACAUGCACCAGCACCUCUGUGAAUUCAAACUCACAUUUGUCACCCAUCCAUGAAAUUUUUGUAUUGUAUGCUGUACACAUCCUUCAUUGUGGGCACCCAUGGAACCCACACUGACAAGCUAACUAGUGUUCAUCUCAUGUGUGUGUUAUUCUGGUCCGGUCAUCUUCUGGUCACCCAGCCAGUCAUUCCCCUACAGAAAGAGCUCACAACUCAUACUGACCGAUCUUUGGAUAGGACUGACACCACACAACAGAACAGCGGGUUACAUCCUGUACCUACUUGCCGCUAGGUGAACAGGGGCUACACAUUAAGAGGCUCACCCAUUUGCCUUACUGUACCUGGGACUCGAACCUGGACCUUCUUAGUUGUGAGCCGAACAUGAUGACCACUAAACUAUGCGGUUGUGUGUGUGUGUGUGUGUGUGUGUGUGUGUGUGUGUGUGUGUGUGUGUGUGUGUGUGUGUGUGUGUGUGUGUGUGUGUGUGUGUGUGUGUGUGUGUGUGUGUGUGUGUGUGUGUGUGUGUGUGUGUGUGUGUGUGUGUGUGUGUGAGUGAGUGAGUGAGUGAGUGAGUGAGUGAGAGUCAGUGAGUGAGUGAGUGAGAGAGUGUGUGAGUGAGUGAGUGAGUGAGCCUUUUCUUAGAUGAACCUUACUGAUAAGCUUUUAACCCUUUCACUGUGCUAUGGAACAAUUCACACCACAAAAAGCAAUGUAAAGAGUCUUAAUAAACAUCUACAAGAGCAGGGGAUGAAAAAGAAUAGACUUUGCAAUUUCCAGCCAGUACAAUGUUUGGAGGUGGCUGUUGAACAAGUAAAGAUGUCUCAGGGUGGUUAGUAAAUAAGAAAAGUUGUGCCAAAUAGCAGUGAAAGGGUUAAUAUACUUGAACAUAGAUUUUCACCAGAACCACAUGUGAAAGUCCAAGCUUACAUCUGUGAUCAACAAAAAUGUGCAAUAUGUUUGCUGUGAAAAGUUGCAAGCAUUGUAGAGAGAGACAUUUCUUGAAGGUACAAUAUGGCUAAGAAAAGACAGGUUCCUUGCCUCAGCCUGGGAAUUCUUAUUUGGCUUCAGAUGGGUGUUUCAUUAUUGGUGUGUGUGUGUGUGUGUGUGUGUGUGUGUGUGUGUACAGUGAAGGGAAAAUUAACACAAGUUACAGUAUUAUGUGCAACUUUCAUCAUUUUCAUUGUGUACCAUAGAAAGAAAAAUAAAACAAGAAUAAUUUGUUUAUAGUUAAGAAAGUGAUAUAUAUUGAUAUAUAUUGUAUCUCUUAUCUUUACUGCAAAUGUAUAGAGAAAGAAGGAAGGAAGGAAAUGUACAACUUGUAUGUUAUAAUGGUUGUCUUUCCUCUUCAACUAAAAUGUGUGGUAGGAGGAAAGACAAGAAAAAGGGAGGCACCAUUAGUAAAACAAGAAAGUGAUAUGUACCUUUCUUCUGCAGUACUGAGUCAUGUUCCAUAUUUUGAAACACAUGGGGCUCUCAUAAGGAUUAUAUUUUUAAAGGCCAUAUAGAUUAUAAGUUGGAUUUCCAUGGGUGUAGUUCUCGGAUGAAGCAGGAGUCUUGUUAAACUGAAAAUGCCUCUGAAAACCCUCAUGAAUUUCUACAUGUCUGUUAUAACAUAUCGAGAAAAGACGCUGAAAUGUUUGGAAAUACAAUCCCAGAAAGGAAUAGAAGAGAAAUAUUUAUAAUAUAAAAAUAUGCCAAGUGCCUUCCUUGGCCUCCUUUCCAACCUGUAAUGGGAUGUACAUGUUGUAUGCAUAUUUUCUUGUACUGUAUUAUGAGCAUCAUUUCAUAUCUUUGAGGACAUCUCCCUCAGUAAAUCCCUUCCUCUUGCUCCUAUCACCAGCCCCUCACCCAGUGGUUCCUUAAAACUCAGCAUCCCCAUCAGAAAUUCAUCCCCUCAUUUCUGAUCACUUAUUCCAGUCAUGUUCUCCAUACAUCAACCUUCACCACUAGUAAAGUAUAGUCCCUCACUCAUGAGUUCUUUAAAACCUUCACCAUCCCAUUGAUAAUCCAUCCCUAUGUUUCUUAUCACUUAUUCCAGUCAUGUUUUUACUUCACCCCACCUUCCACUGUGGUAAAGCCACAAGAAGGCCAGAGUUGCCUGCCCUCCCUAUCAUCUCCUUUGGUUCAUAGAUAAACUCUUCAUCAUCAUGCUUCUGUUUUGUUAUCAGGCAAGUGUUGACUUAAAGACUUUGUAAUUAGUACAUACAAAGAUGAUUUAUUAGCUUCAGAGAUGGCAUUAUUUUAGAUUAAAUUAAUGUAGAAUAUUUUCAUUGUUGAUGGUGUGUGUGUGUGUGUGUGUGUGUGUGUGUGUGUGUGUGUGUGUGUGUGUGUGUGUGUGUGUGUGUUUACUUUGAAAACUCACAUUAGACGUGUUUAAAAGCUGAUGUAUAUGAAAAUAUAUGGUUUAUUUAUAUGCAGAAAUGUU